UUUAAAUGCUUUUCUCUCCCAUUUAGAGAUUGUUUUGAUUUAGUUUGUGGUUUUUAAUUCUAAUUAAAUUUAAUUGUUUUGGUAAAUUGUUUAAUUUAUUUUCACAAUGGGUCGUAAGGCAAAAGUAGGGAAGCAGAGGAAGGAUAGAUUUUAUCAAUUAGCCAAAGAAACUGGUUAUCGUUCUCGAGCUGCUUUCAAGUUAAUACAAUUGAAUAGGAAGUUUGAAUUUCUUCAACGUUCACGUGUAUUAAUUGAUCUUUGUUCAGCUCCUGGAGGUUGGCUUCAAGUGGCUCAAAAGUUUAUGCCAGUUUCCAGUGUAAUUGUUGGAAUUGAUUUGGUUCCUAUUAAACCUAUUCCCAAUGUUAUGACAUUCACUUGUGAUAUUACUACACCGACAUGUCGAUCUUUAUUGAAUAAAGAAUUGAAAACCUGGAAAGCUGAUGUAAUUCUUAACGAUGGUGCUCCUAAUGUUGGUAAAAGUUGGACUCACGAUGCUUUUGCUCAAAUUAGAUUAACAUUAAGUGCCAUUCAAUUAGCAAGUGAAUUUCUAAUGAAAGGUGGUUGGUUUAUCACCAAAGUCUUCCGUUCCAGAGAUUAUAAUGCUCUUAUUUGGCUUUUGGGUAAAUUAUUCAAAAAGGUUCACGCUACCAAACCUCAAGCCUCUCGUCAUGAAUCAGCUGAGAUUUUCGUUGUUUGUGAAAAAUAUUUGGCUCCUGAUAAAAUUGAUCCAAAAUUUUUCGAUCCAACAUAUUUAUUUGAAGAUGUCGCUCUUCCCAAUGAGGAGAGGAAAAAGAAAGCUGAAUUAUUAAAGCCCAUUACUAAGGCUAAAAAGGCUAAAGCCGAGGGAUACGCCGAUGGGGAUUACACUUUAUACCAUAAAUUGGAUGCAUCUGAAUUCUGUAUAAGAACCAAUCAUAUUGAACUUAUGGCCGAUUCGAACGAAAUUGUUCUUGACACCGAAGCAAUUAAAAAUCAUCCAUUGACGACUGACGAUAUUAAGGAAUAUUGUAAAGAUCUAAAAGUACUUGGCCGAAAAGAAAUUCUACAAUUAAUUUCAUGGAGAAGGAAAUUGAGAGCCGAACUUUAUCCCAGAGAGAAAGAGGCUGAAGAAAAAGAGCUUUCUAUCGCUGAGAUACCAGCGGAAGAAGAGGAGGAGGAGGAAGAAGAAGAAGAUUUAGAAUUGUCUGAAUUGAAAAGGAAAAAGAAAAAGAUUCUUAAGGAAAGGAAGAAACUAAAUGAAAGGAUGAGUCUUGGAAUCGUUACAAAUGAUAAUGAACUACGUGAAGAAGAUGAUAUGGAAUUGUUCACCUUACGAAAGAUCAAGAAUCGAUCUGAAUUAGAUAGAUUUCAAGAAGCAUUUAUUGAUGAGCUCGAUGAUCAAUUACCAAAUAAACUGGAACCAGAUGAUGAUGAUGAUAUUGAAAGUAGACCCAAAAAGGUUUAUUUUGAUCGUCACGCUAAAGAUGAUUAUGAUUUUGAGGAUAAUCAUCGAAAUCCGAAUGAAGUUGAUAGUGAAGAAGAAGAAGAUGAAAAAGAUAAAAUAAAUUCAGAUGAUGAAAAUGGUGAACAAGAUAAAGAUGAGAAUAUGGAAGAAGAUGAACAGGAAGAGGAAGAAGGAGGAGGUUUACUCGUUGAAUUAGAUGAUAGACCAACCAGUGAGAAAGAUAAAGUUUUUUUUGAGAGAGGAAUAUUCAAUGAAGAUGAAUGGGAAGAUGACGAUGAUGUAGCUGCCAUGGCCAUUGAUGCUAGGAAAUUGAGGCAACAGGAAAGAAAAGCCGAAAAGAAAGCCUUAAAAGACGCGAAAAAGAAGGACAAAAAAAUGACCAAGGAAAUGAUCAAGGAAAUGACCACAUCAACAGGAACCAAGGGUAAAAAAAGAGUUCGAUUCGCUGAAGAUUCAGAUGAAGAGGCCAUUGAUGGUGGCGAAAGUGACGAUGAAAGUGAAGAGGAUCUUUUAGAUAAAGCAGAAAAAACACCAACACUGGAUGAAAGAUGUAAAUCGAAUGUUAAAUUGUCUCCUGAAGAAUUAGCUCUUGGCUCUGUUAUGAUAACUUCGGCCAAAACAAGAAGAGAAAUUAUUGACCAAGCAUGGAAUCGUUACAUGAAUGCUGACCACGAUUUUGUACCUUCUUGGUUCAAGAAAGAUGAAGAUAUUUUCUUCCAUAAACCAUUACCCGUUCCAGAAGCGACUGUUCGAGAAUUUAAAAAGAAACUUAAACAGAUAAACGCUCGACCCAUCAAGAAAGUGGCCGAAGCGAAUGCUCGUAAACGUAAACGGGCCCAAAGAAAAAUGGAAAGAGCUCGUAAAAAGGCUGAAGCCUUAACCGAUAUUCCUGAUAUGAGUGAGAAGGAAAAAAUGGCAACAAUAAGGAAUUUGUACAAAAAAGCGAUGAAAGGAGAAAAGAAAAAAGAACUGACCUAUGUUGUCGCCAAAAAGGGAAGGAUCAACAAACGACCUGCAGGUUUAAAGGGAAGAUACAAAUUGGUCGAUAGUCGAUUAAAAAAGGAUAAACUGAAUAAAAAACGCGAAGCGAAGGCCAAAGGUAAAGGUAAACCUCGAAGUAAAGUAGGAUCAAAAUCAAAAGGAUCUUCAAAGAAACGAUAAAAACAAUAACAUGACUUUAUGAGGGAAAUCUGGUUAACACCUUACCAACCUUGGUCUCAAGUGAUGAAACGGAAAACGGAAGUAAAUUUGAUGAGGAUGCUAAUGUUAAAAACUUUGAUGAACUGGGCGAUGAUCUUGAUGAUCCUAUUUUAUCAAUUCUACGAAGUAACAAUCAACUGAUUACAACCAAUCUCAUCGUUAAAGAUAACAAACAUCCUAACGGAUUUGUACCACCUUAUAUGAGCUACGUACCUGGAAUAUUUGUUUCAGAUGAUUAACAACAAUUAACAACAACAAAAUCCUAUCAAGUUAAUCAUUUACUACGUUUUUUGUAUCUCUCUCAAAUCGGACAACAAACUCUUGGGCCUCAAAAGCAACUUUCCUUUAAUUGAAAUGAUUUAAAUUUUAAUUGUCACCGUUUUUUUUUCUGUGUCUCAUGCAAUCAACUAAAUCAUAAUUUUCAUCACCUUCGAUAUGAUUAAGAUUGGAUCUAAAUUGAUCUGAAAAAAAUGAUGAAAAUCUUUUCCAAUGUUGUGUAUUUAUAUAAAUAUUGUUAAUCUUUCUCUCUCUUUUUUUCUGAUCAUAACAAUUAACUAAAUUGUUAACACCAAUAAUAAAUAAUUUAAUAAAGUGAUAUCCAAUUUCAAA